GAGGUGACGCCGCGUUCCGUGCCCGGAAGCUGAGAGCGAGCCGGUGAUAAGGGGAACAGAAAACAUAAAACGUGUGAGUCAAAGAGCCUCUGAACCAAAGACAGAUAAGGAAAGCUGACCUAAGAAUCCCCACGGAAUAGCAUAGUCGACACCUGCAUUUGUGUUCGGGAUAAGCUCAUCAUGGAGGGGAGUAUGCUGGUGCCGCUUGGUCUCUUCAGCCUUGUUCUGGCCAUGUUUCCCUCUAACACAGUGGCAGUUGCCGUCAUGUCUGUUGACCUGGGCAGUGAGUGGAUGAAAGUUGCAAUAGUGAAACCUGGUGUGCCAAUGGAGAUCGUUCUCAACAAGGAGUCAAGGAGGAAAACUCCCACGGCUGUAUGUCUGAAGGAAAAUGAAAGAUUUUUGGGCGACAGUGCCCUAGGAAUGUCUGUGAAGAACCCCACUACUGUUUAUAGACACCUGCAAGGCCUCCUGGGCAAAAAAUACAAUAACCUCCAGGUGGCGCUGUAUCAGAAGCGUUUCCCUGAACACCAGCUGCUCGAGGACCCAUUGAGAGGCACGGUCUACUUUAAAAACUCAGAAGAAGUGCAGUUCACACCAGAGGAGCUCCUCGGGAUGCUGCUCAAUUAUUCUCGUGGACUCGCUCAGGACUUUGCAGAACAACCAAUAAAAGAUGCAGUGAUCACGGUCCCAGCCUUUUUCAACCAGGCAGAGCGCAGGGCAGUCCUGCAGGCUGCACAGAUGGCUGGUGUAAAGGUCCUUCAACUCAUCAACGAUAACACCGCCGUGGCCUUGAACUACGGGGUGUUCAGGAGGAAAGACAUUGACAACACAGUCAAGAAUGUGAUGUUUUACGACAUGGGCUCAGGCAGCACCACGGCCACCAUCGUCACCUACCAGACUGUCAAAACCAAGGAGGCUGGCACACAGCCUCAAUUACAGAUCCGAGGGGUCGGGUUUGACCGUGGGUUGGGGGGCUUGGAGAUGGACCUGCGUCUCCGGGACCAUCUGGCCAAACUGUUCAACGAGCAGAAGAAGAGCAAGAAGGAUGUGAGGCAGAACCAACGGGCCAUGGCCAAGCUCCUGAAAGAGGCUCAGAGGCUCAAGACAGUGCUCAGUGCAAACAUGGAUUUCAUGGCCCAGGUGGAGGGUUUGAUGGAUGACAUUGACUUCAAAGCUAAAGUGACACGGACUGAGUUUGAAGAGCUGUGUGCCGACCUGUUUGAGAGGGUUCCGCGUCCAGUUGAGGAUGCUCUGACCACAGCAGAGAUGAAGCUGGAGGAAAUAGAACAUGUGAUUUUAGUCGGUGGCUCCACCCGUGUCCCCAAGGUUCAGGAGGUGCUGCUCAAAGCUGUGGAGAAGGAGGAGCUAGGGAAGAACAUCAAUGCAGACGAAGCCGCAGCCAUGGGCGCAGUGUACCAGGCGGCGGCCCUCAGCAAGGCCUUCAAGGUCAAGCCUUUCCUGGUGCGAGACGCAGCAGUUUACCCCAUCCAGGUGGAGUUCACACGAGAGACGGAGGAAGAGGGGUUGAAAAGCCACAAACACAACAAGCGCGUCCUCUUCCAGAGGAUGGCACCCUACCCCCAGCGCAAGGUCAUCACGUUCAACCGCUACAGCGCUGACUUUGCUUUCUACAUCAACUACGGUGACCUCAGCUUCCUCAGUCAGGAUGACCUCAGUGUGUUUGGCUCGCAGAACCUGACCACAGUCAAACUGUCUGGAGUAAGCAACAGCUUCCAGAAGCACACAGAUGCAGAGUCGAAAGGCAUCAAAGCCCAUUUCAACAUGGAUGAAAGUGGCGUGCUGCUGCUGGACCGGGUGGAGUCUGUGUUUGAAACUAUUGUGGAAGACAAAGAGGAGGAAUCAACAUUAACUAAGCUGGGUAACACCAUUUCCACCUUGUUUGGAGGAGGAUCAUCAGAACCCGCCUUGAAUGUAACUGAACCUGUCCAGGAUGAGGAGGAAGUGCCUCCAGAGUCUGAAAAGGACGGCAAGGAAGAGGAAGUUAAGGAUGAGGUCAAGAAGGAAGAGGUUGCCAAAGAGAAGAAGGAAGAGGGAGAGAAGAGUGCAGAUGAAGAGACAAGUCAGGAAAAGACGGAGGAGACAGGAAGCAAGACUGAUGCCAAGGAGGAGGAUGGAGAAAAAUCUGUCAACCCUGAGGCCGAGAAGGAGGCCGAGAAGGAGGCCGAGAAGGAGGCCGAGAAGGAGGCCGAGAAGGAGACCAAACCUCAAAAAAAGAGCAAGAUUGCUGAAGAGAUCACAGUGGAACUCGUCAUUAACGACAUCCUGGACCCCACAGUUGAUGAUGUCACUUCGUCUAAGAAGAAACUGCAGGAUUUGACAGACAGAGACCUGGCGAAACAGGAAAGGGAAAAGUCCUUGAACAGUCUGGAAUCAUUUAUAUUUGAGACACAGGACAAGCUGUACCAGGAGGAAUACCAGCUGGUGGUGUCAGAUGAGGAGAAGGAGCAGAUCUCCUCCAAGCUGAGUGAGGCAUCGGAGUGGAUGGACGAGGACAGCUACGCAGCCACCACAAAGCAGCUGAGAGAAAAGCUGUCUCAGCUCAAGAGCCUUUGCAAGGAUAUGUUUUUCAGGGUGGAGGAGCGACGCAAGCGGCCAGACCGCCUGGCCGCCCUGGACAGCAUGCUUAACACUUCCAGCUUCUUCUUGAGGAGUGCCAAACUUAUCCCAGAGGAUGACCAAAUCUUUACUCAAGUUGAACUGAAUACGUUAGAGAAAGUGAUAAACGAAACGGCGAAGUGGAAGAAUGAGACGGUCGCAGCGCAGGAGAAAAGCUCUUUAACUGAGCGGCCCGUCCUGUUGUCCAAAGACAUAGAGUCCAAGCUGACUCUUUUAGAUCGAGAGGUGAACUACUUGCUCAACAAGGCCAAGUUUGCUAAACCCAAAGCUAAACCCAAAGCCAAGAAUGGCACCAGCUCUGGUAAAAGCAGCAAAGCCAACAACACAGAGGAGAAAGUCAUCUCCCCCACAGAUGAGAGCACCGACACAAAGACUGAAAACUCAGAGGAGGUGCAGCCAGGCCAAGCGACGCCCACUGAAGACAGAGCUGUACACACAGACUCAGAGAGCCAAUCACAGCCCAUAGAAGAAACCAAAACUACAGCACCAGAAGAAACCCACAUUGAUGAUGAAUUAUAACAGCUGGAACUGGAAGAAAGAUGAUCAUUAUUUAUUGACACUGUUAAAAUAUUUGGGUUGCUCCGCACUCUGUCUUUUUUUUUCUUCUUCUUUUUUUUAUCUUUAUGUCCUUGUUUAUUGAACUGCUGGAAGCUGAUUGGAUAAGGAUUCAGACCACUCACUCUUGAGUCCCCACCCCUCUUGUUGGCGUUGUUAACCUC